ACAUUCCCAGCGCCAGGUGAAUGACAGGAAAAAAAAAAAAUCAAUGGUAUUUUGGAUUCAACUUUGAAGUUCCUGAUGACCCUAUUGUAUCUAUUAAAGAAGCCUUGGGCCAGAGUCGUCUCUUGCGCAUCCAUUCUACCGGCAAAGUAACACAUCUACAAGAUUCAAUCGAAGGUUGCGCAUCGUUCAUUGCUGAAUACUUCACACAAGCAUGGCGGAACAGAGCUUCAACGAGCAGCUCCUGCAGCUGUUGGCUGCAACACGAGAUCUCCACUUGGAAGAUGAGCGGACACUCAACGGUGGAACGUCGGAUGUAGAGACCGAAAGUUCCGAGCACCCUCUGGUUGUUCUUUCUGCCUUGGCAGCUAGAUUGCAGCAAGAUGGCAAAGAGAAAGAGGCGAAAACCAUUCUGCAGGUCGUCAGCAUCGCUACGGCGUCCCCCGACUACGGCGGUAUGGGUUUGACCUGGAACGGGGAGUUAAGCGCAACGGACCGCAGCGAGCUGAUUCUGCUCACGUCCGCAUGGCUCGAGAGUCUGAAUUCCAGCGAUCGACGGGGGGGACCGAUCGUUCCCCUAGUGAGCCGGCCUGCCGGCCGUCGCCCCAUGAAUGUUACAGAAAAGAUAUUUGCUCUGCAUGACGUGACUCGCACAGGAUGGGUCCGAACAGGGGACACAAUUAGAGUUUCUGUCGACUGGAUCAUGGCUAGCGAGGCUAGCUGGCAUGGCAUGCUUCAAGUCUACAACAAGCUGGGCGACCCUGGAAUCUUUUCGAAUUCCAACUUCUGGCUGGCUGGCGAUCAUGUGGUUGAUCCAAGGCUGAUGGAUACGCCCCUUGUGCAGAAGCUGGUUGGCGAGAUGGAUUUUGCUCGUAAGAAGUUCAAGAUGACACAAUUCCAGGGCAACAACUACACCAUCAUGCACACCGAGUUCUACCGUGAGCGGGCCCAACCAGGCCAAAUCAUCAUUGGCUCGGAUUCGCACACGUGUAGCUCUGGGGCCGACGGUUGUCUUGCGAUUGGACUGGGUGCAACCGAGGUCACGAUGGCUCUGGUUACUGGAGAGAUCUGGUUCAAAGUCCCCGAGGUCGUCGAGAUCCACCUAGUGGGCAAGCCCCAGCGCGGAGUCGGAGGUAAAGACAUUAUCCUCUAUAUUCUUCAGCAACUUAAACGCAAUACGGUGGCUGCGGACCGGGUUGUUGAGUAUACAGGCCCCGGGUGCCGAUGGUUGAGCUCCGACGCCCGCUUUGCCAUUGCAAACAUGACUACCGAGUUUGGUGGCAUCACAGGGAUAUUUGUUCCCGACGAAGUCACCAAGGACUUUAUCGAUGCCCGUAAAACAGCCCAUCACAGAACCGCAUCGUACUAUUUCAAGCCAGAUGAAGGAUGCUCCUAUGCGGAGUCACAUACUAUCGACGUCUCUCUGGUCGAGCCCUUUGUGGCCAAGUACCCAAGCCCCGAUGAUGUGGUGCCAGUCUCCGAUGUGGCAGGUACUCACCUUGAUGGCGUCUUCAUCGGCGCUUGCACAACAGCGGAGGAGGAUCUUGUGAUGGGCGCCCUUGUGCUGCAGGCUGGCCUGGACGCGGGAAGGAAGCCGGUGGCCCGGGGAGAGCGCCGCGUCGUCCCCGGAAGCCGCCCCAUCGCUGACUACCUUCGAAAAACAGGCCUCGCAGAUAUUUACGAGAGAGCGGGCUUCAUUAUUGGCAUCCCUGGAUGCAGCUACUGCGUUGGUAUGGGCGCUGACAUGGCCAAACCUGGGGAAGUAUGGCUCAGCAGUCAGAAUCGCAAUUUCGAGAACCGUAUGGGCAAGGGGGCUAUCGGCAGUUUGGCAUCCGCUGCAACGGUGGCUGCGUCGUCUUUUGACAUGGCUGUCACUUCUCCACAAGAUCUUAUUGACCUCAUCCCAGCGGAUCGAUGGGCCGCCGUCAAGGGUAAAGGAUCCCUUGCCGAUGGUAUCCUCAGCCAACCGCAAUGGGUGGAGCCGCCAGGCCAAGACGCCGAAGAGGAUGCGAAGAACGUCGCGGAGGACCAGGGACCCAGCCCGUCCGGCGAGGACGCGGCCGCCGACCAGGCUAAGCCCGGCUCCGGAACCAUUAGGAGUAAGAUUUUCCGUCUAGGAGAUUUUGUUGACACCGAUGCGCUUGCGCCUGCGCAAUACCUUCUCACAUCCAAGAACAACGAGGAGCUCGGCACUCAUUGCCUCGAGUUCACCAACCCGGAAUUCCGGCAGCUCGUUAAGGAAGGUCACAAAGUCAUUGUUGCUGGCGAUGCGUUUGGCUGUGGAUCUAGUCGUCAAGAGGCUGUGCAAGCUUUACUAGGCGUCGGUGUCGAAUGUGUCAUUGCGAAGGCAUUCGCGUUCAUUUACAGCCGAAACCAGCCGUCCUUGGGUCUGUGGGGCUUCACAAUCGACGAUCCCUUGUUUUACGAGAAGGCGCAGACAGGAACCAGCAUUGAGAUCGACCUGGAUCGCAACGUGCUUACUGUCGACGGCGAGACAUUUAAAUUUCAGUUGUCCGUGCUCGAGAAGAAGCUGACCAAGAUGGGCGGCAUGACAAAUGCCUUCAACCAAUUUGGCAAAAGCAUCUACGACGUCUUGACAGGUCGCAAAGCCUCACAGGGCGGUAUCGCAAAGGAACUCAAGGCUAAACCUGCCCAAGAUGUCAUGGCAUGGUGAUCAUGCACAUGUGGGUUCCCCGGAUGGUGGAGGGGCCGGUGGAGGGGACUGGAUCCAUGCAGGGUCUCGACCCGGGGUUCAGCAGGGCAUGGAGCUGAACAGGUCGUAGUCGUACCAUAUCCAGGUACUUAGUGCACGGAGUAUGUAAUGUAUUGUCACCGUAUACCGUACGGGUAUGAGUAUAGCCUCCAGGCUUUGGCGCGCGCGCGCUACGUCUUCGGCGACUGUCAGUGAUUUCGGUGUUUGUGUGUUGGCAGCUUGGCAUUGGAAGCCCCA